CAAAUAAGUUCUAUUUGACAGAUUUAGAAAUAAGAGGCCCGUAAGUAUGAGGCCAUUAGUUAUUUGUCUUUUAUCUUGCCUUCUUUUUGGCCACAUAAUUCGCGCUCAAGAUGAAAAUGGCGGCGACAGCGAGGACGCCACAAGUGACAGUGGCGUUGAAGAAUCUGAGAAUGGAGAAGGCGCCACGGAAAACGAAGAAAAUGCCACAGAAAAUGCCACUCAAUAUGAAGACGAUGACGACUGGUACUAUUAUGAUUACGAUGUUGAAAACAGAGCAGGAAGAUACAAAAAUAGAAAUAAAACUAAAAACAAUAAAAACAGCGAAUCUAAUAAUGACACCGAAAGUGGCGAUGGUGCCACCGAAAGUGGCGCCACCGAAAGCAGUGGAGAUGUCACCGAAGGUGAAAGCGAGGCCUCCGAAAAUAGUGGAGAUGUCACCGAAAGUAGUGGAGGUGACGCCGAAAUGAGUGUAGAUGUCACCGAAAGUAGUGGAGAUGUAACCGAAAGUAGUGGAGAUGUCACCGAAAGCAGUGGAGAUGUCACCGAAGGUGAUGGGGAUGUCACCGAAAGUGAUGGAGACGCCACAGAGGGUGACUAUGGUGACGCCGAAAGUUCGACUCAGGGCACUGAAAAUGGAGACGAUAAUGGCGAAUCUGCGAGUGAAGACGAUAACGCAGAAAGUGACAGCGAAGACGAUGCUGGAAGGGAUGCGGGAGAUAGUGCCGAAGAUAGCAGCGAAGAAGCGGCCGGCGACGGUCAAAACGACGAAUCUGAUGCUUCAGACAGCGCUGGGAGUGAUAAUUCGGGCGGAGAUGCCCAAAGUGCCAACGAUGCCCAAAAUCAAUACGACGGGGCAGAAAACUAUGGCGCAUCGGACAGAGGCGGAGAUGAUUAUAGAUAUGAAGAUGGUAAUGGAUAUACAGAUGGCAGCGGUGAAGGGGAAAGAGGAGGUGAAAGUAAUUUGGACGAUACCGCAAGAAGUGGCGAUGCUUCUUAUGAUAGCAUGCAGUUUGAAGGCGGAGAGUAUUUCGACGACCUUUCAUAUGAUGCUGACGGGCAAUGGUAUGGCAGCGGUGGAGAGCAAAGAGGAAGUGAAAGUAAUUUGGACGAUACCGCAAGAAGUGGCGAUGCUCCUCACGGUAGCAAGCACUUCAGAGGCAAAGAAUAUUUCGACGAUCCUCUAGCUAAUGUCGACGGGCAAUGGUAUUACGCUAGAGACGGUGAUUAUUACCAGAGCGAUUAUUAUGAUGAAUUAGAUGUGAAUGAGCUAUAUGAAUACUUUGGAGCCGGCGAACACGGCUAUGCACGUAUAGAUUCUCCGCGUGCGCCUAAAAGCUUUCACGGGCCCGGGAGCGAGAAACAAGAAAGGCGUGAAAAGCACGACAAAGAUGACAAAAAAGCUGACUUGCCAGUUGGCCCCCGUGCUGUCCCCCCACGAAGUCGAAACCAGCGCCCCAAGUCUGUAAGACCCAAGCCAGAUGGUGACUCUUACGACUUUGCCUAUGACUAUAUUGUAGCGGCUGCAAAGGCAGGAUUAAUUGGGAGCCAAUUAGAGGCAACAGUUAAAAAAAAUUUGAAAGCCGAUAACUACUACCCUGUAUUUGUGAAAAAUAGUGGCCAAGAAGGAAAAAGAUAUGAUGGCAGUAGAUAUUAUGGUGGCGAUGGAAAAUAUGGCGAUGGCGGAUAUGCCGGGGAGAGAUCGGGUGGUGGCGGGGCGUACAAUGAUUACGGAGCACGGAAUUACUAUGGUGACAACGGGGGUUACAACAAUAAUGGCGGAGGCGAGAAAGGUGCUGGCAAUAACUAUGGCGGCUAUGCCAAUAAUUAUGGCCGUAAUGCCAAUAAUUAUGGCGGCAAUGCAAAUAACUAUGGCGGUGAUGCCAAUAACUAUGGCGGUGAUGCCAAUAACUAUGGCGGUGAUGCCAAUAACUAUGGCGGUGAUGCCAAUAACUAUGGCGGUGAUGCCAAUACCUAUGGCGGCGAUGCAAAUGGUGAGGGUCAAAAUGCAGCAAAUGACGGCAAUGGCGGCGGUCGAAGUGGAGAGUACGGUGCCUACGACUGGGCAGACGCAGAAAGUGACGCUGCAGACGCAGAAAGUGACGCAUCAGACGGAGAAGGUGACGCAGCAGACGCAGAAAGUGACGCAUCAGACGCAGAAGGUGACGCUGCAGAAGCAGAAGGUGACGCUACAGAAGCAGAAGAUGACGCAGCCGAAGCAGGAGAUGACGCUGAAGACGCACAAAGUGACGCGGCAGACGCAGAAGGUGACGCAGCCGACGCAGAAGGUGACGCUGAAGAUGCAGAAAAUGACGUAGCAGAUGAUGCAAGUAACGAUGGUAAUGCCGAAAGCAGUGACGUGGCUGAUGACGACAGCAGUGACGCAGAAUACGAGGGCAGAGAAGGACAGUCAGAUUCUGGUGACGACGCCACGCAAUCAGACGACAUUCUCGCAGCUUUAGAAGGUAUACAAAGUACGCUGGAACAACACAGCACAAAAUUAGAAGCCCUGAGCAGCAGAAUCGAAGCUCUCAAUGACGAAUUCACCAGUCAGUAUUUCAGUUUGAAGGUUGUACUGGACAUCGUGGAAGAAGAAAUUGGACAUUUUGCGUAUCCAACUGGCUGCAAUUCCGUGCAAUCGAAUAAUUUGCAAGACUUCGAUGGGCGUGGAGGAAUUGCCACAGUCUAUGACGAACUUUUGAUGGGGACCUAUCAAGUGUUUUGUGACAUCACAAGUGAUGGAGGCGGAUGGACGGUAUUCCAAAGACGUCUAGAUGGCUCGGUCAAUUUCACAAAAUCUUGGGAUGAAUAUGUUUCCGGAUUCGGGGACUUGACGGGAGAGUUUUGGCUUGGAUUAGAAAAGCUUUACUUACUGACCGAAAACGGAGAAUAUGAGUUGAUGAUCGAGAUGUCAGAUUGGAAUGAUACCGUUUCAUAUGCUUAUUAUGGAAUCUUCAAUGUUGGAUCAGAAGACGAACAAUACGAGCUUCGAGUUGACGGCUACGAUGGCGACGCUGGAGAUUCAUUGUCAACGCAUAAUGGAAUGAAAUUCACUACUUAUGACGUAGACAAUGAUGCAAACGAAGACGAUAAUUGCGCUUCCUUAGUGUUUGGUGGAUUCUGGUUCAGCGAUUGCCAGCAAGCAAAUCCCAAUGGUGUUUAUAUUUGGGGGGGAAUACCCGAGCAAGCUGGUCAAGGAGUGACGUGGGAUUCUUCUGCAGAGGAUUCAACAUCUCUGAAGAAGAUAGAAAUGAAAUUUAGACAAAAAAAUUAAUUUUAUUCGUUCAUGCGGUGGCGUAUUUACAUUGACAUUGACAUUGAGUAUCCAAAAAGAUAGACGACGUCAUAAAUGAUGAUCACGAACACUGAUCCCCUUACUAAAACUUUUUUUGAAUUUUUUGCUGAUUUUUUAUUGCAUUUUCAAAAUUCAACCGCAUCCUGGCUAUUUUACUUCAAUAUUAUUAAGCUACGAUUCACUAACAUUUAGAAUUUAUUGUCAAAAAAUACAUGACGUCAUAUAUCAUGACGUCACGAAUCUUGAAUAACCCCUUAAAAACGAUAAUUGAAUACGUUACCGCUGUAUGGACUUGAUUUUUAACGAUGACGGACUGAUGGAAACGCAUCGACGACGAAUACUCGACGCAAUUUUCAGAUGCAUUUUGUUACGUCACAAUUUUUUGACGACCCCAUUAUGUGCCAAGCAUUUUGAAAAUUGUUCUUUUUAUUUAUUAAACUGCAUGCAUGACACUAUA